GGCCCAGAGAGCUGAGGAGAGGGGGGUGUUUAGAUCAGUUACAACUCCCAAUGAGAGACACCCAGAGAGUGGAGAGAGCGACUGAGGACUGUGUGUGAGAGUUGGAAGUAGUCUGGAGCUCAAGAGAAGAGAGAAAGAGAAGACAAAAGGGAAAAAAUCUGUUCAAGACCAAUACACAGAGAGAGAGAAGCCAGUCAAGGACUUUAUCAGAGUGGAACCAAGCAGAGGCUGAGACAGACACACAGCACCUGGAGAAGGUUCACCCCGACUGGGGCUGAGAGUGACAGAGGUCCACUCCUACAACAACCACAAGCCUGGAGAGCCAGUCAUGCUCUGAGCUGCUCUUGUUUUGCUCUGGGUGGAAAUUCCUCUGAGACGUCACUGCUAGCUAAGGUCAGCUGAACAACCACAACAGAAGAGGACUCUGGUGUUGUUGUGGUUGUUGGACAAAAUAGUGUGUGUGGAGCUAGAGAGAGGAACAUGUUUGACUGUAUGGAGGCUCUAGGGAUGGCCCCCCGGCCGCUCUUCGACGUGUCCACUCAGGGGGCUUGUAUGCUGGGCAAGGCCACCCCCUUCUUCCCUGGUCUGGACCCCUUUGCCUGGGCUGGGACGGCCAGUGUUCAGUCAGUAGAGACCCAGAGCACCAGCUCUGAGGAGAUGGUGCCCAGUUCACCCUCUCCGCCCCCUCCUCCCCGCAUCUACAAGCCUUGCUUUGUGUGCCAGGACAAGUCCUCUGGAUACCACUACGGGGUCAGCUCCUGUGAGGGCUGCAAGGGAUUCUUCCGGCGCAGUAUUCAGAAGAACAUGGUGUAUACCUGCCACCGAGACAAGAACUGUCAGAUCAACAAGGUGACCCGUAACCGCUGUCAGUACUGCCGGCUGCAGAAGUGCUUCGAGGUCGGCAUGUCCAAAGAAGCAGUGCGUAAUGACAGGAACAAGAAAAAGAAGGAUGUGAAGGAGGAGGUGGUGUUGCCGGAGAGCUAUGAGCUCAGUGGAGAACUGGAGGAGCUAGUCAACAAAGUCAGCAAGGCCCACAAAGACACCUUCCCCUCACUCGUCCAACUGGGCAAAUACACUACAAACUCCAGUGCAGACCAUCGUGUGCAGUUGGAUCUGGGGCUGUGGGAUAAGUUCAGUGAACUUUCCACCAAGUGCAUCAUCAAGAUAGUGGAGUUUGCCAAGCGCCUGCCAGGCUUCACCACCCUCACAAUCGCUGACCAGAUCACACUCCUCAAAUCAGCCUGUCUGGACAUACUGAUGCUGAGGAUCUGCACUCGCUACACCCCGGAGCAGGACACAAUGACCUUCUCAGACGGGCUGACCCUGAACCGGACCCAGAUGCACAACGCAGGCUUCGGCCCGCUCACAGAACUGGUGUUUGCCUUCGCUGGCCAGCUGCUGCCUCUGGAGAUGGACGACACAGAGACCGGCCUCCUCAGCGCCAUCUGCCUCAUCUGUGGAGAUCGUAUGGACUUGGAGGAGCCACAGAAGGUGGACAAGCUGCAGGAGCCCCUCCUGGAGGCCCUAAAGAUCUACGCCCGCCGCAGACGCCCCAACAAGCCCCAUUUGUUCCCCCGUAUGCUGAUGAAGGUCACUGACCUCAGGGGCAUCAGCACCAAGGGUGCAGAGAGGGCCAUCACUCUGAAGAUGGAGAUCCCAGGCCCCAUGCCUCCUCUGAUCAGGGAGAUGCUGGAAAACCCUGAGGCCUUUGAGGACAGCAGCGACUCUGGGGACAGCGCCUCUGCCGCCGCCCCCCCUGCCAUCCAGGCCAUCAAGAAAGAGAGAGAGGAGGAGAAGAGCCUGGAGGAGGAAGAUGAGGAGGACGAUUGGGGGGACGAUGAUAGGGAGAGAGGGGUGGACAGCGAUGGGGAGCCCUGGGGGGAGGCUGCAGUGGCAGCAGGGGGGUCCCAGAAAGGGACGACUGGGAGAGCCCAGUGAGAGACAUAGUGAUGCACUCUGACCCUCCUACUCCACCACCCUCAGACAGACCAACACUCCCUGUCCUAGCACACCAAGUCAUCUCCCUACAUGAGCAACCCAUCCUAUAACAAGGGUCUUUGCCAAGCGCUCACCUCUGCUGUUACACCUGUUACACUACCCCCCCAUACAUUUACACACAUACACACAUACACAUACAUACUGUAUCCCCGUAAUAAUUCCCCCUUUGCUCUAGAUAGACAGAGAAGUAAAGGCUCUAUAUGUAGUAAACCUACUCUGACACUCCAGGGUGAAACUGGCCCUUUCUAUAGGAACAGGUGGAACAUGUAGUCUGGGAAAUAAGAGAAGAGAGAGAAAAACAAGCACUAAAUCUCACUGAGUUGGGACAAGGGCCAUGAGAGAUCACUGUGCCAACCAUAAGACUGACCAUUAUGUUACUUUACAAUGCUGUCUCCAAACAAACAGAAACACAAGGAAAUGCUAAACUGAGUGGCAGCAGCUUGAAGUGGUGGUCUAUAGGAAAUGCACUCCCCCACUUUCCUUAAGGGCUACGCUAAGUGCAAGAGCAAUGACGAAACGACAACUGCAACAACCAAACUCUUAAUGUGGAAACCAUUCGCCACAAAUGCCUUUGAAAAUAAUUUCCAGUGACAUUUACAGUUUUUUUCUUCUAUUGUAUGAUUUUAGAAAAGAAAACAUGAAUGCAUUCAUAUUUUAUCAUACUGUAUAUUCAUGUGUGUUACUAUGAAUUUUUCUAUUUGAUUGUUGUUUUGUAUGUUUGUGCUUCAGUCAUGCUCAUGAUUGACGAGCCAUCUCAAACUAACGAUAGAUUCUCAAUCUGGCAACCCAACUCGCAAACUGGCAUCUCUCUUCUGAUCUUGACAUUGUCUGUGCUUGUGACUUCACUCAUUGGGACAGAGCUUACUAUAGAGCUCUGCUCAGUGAGACAAACAAAAUCAACAAGGAUUUGACCAAUGGGCUAUGGCACAUUACAAGCUAUAGUUCUGAGCUACACAUACAGUUCAUAAACACACAAACACACUAAUCCAUGUGUGCAGGGUCAAUUGUAUGCAAUUUAAUGCCAAUGCUUUGACUCAGGGUGACUCUAGAGAAGGACCAAAUCUCACCAGUGGUAAUGUUAAAUAAAACCGAUGGUCCGCCACACUCCCCGUUCUCUUCACCGACAAGCCAUUCAAGUGGGAUCUGAAUGUGAAAGAGGACUCUCUUUUAGUUGUCAUUUCCUUUUGUUCUCAGUGGAAUGCCUGGUAGUCUACCAGGGGGAUCAGAUAUCUGGGUGGGCAGAAUCCAGCACAUAGCUGAGUAUAUGUGAUAAUUAAAGUAAGUGUCUGCUCCCAGCACCAAGCCAAGGCUCAGGUGGUGUGUUGAUAAUAGUACAGCACAUUGAAAGUAAGCCAUAAUGAGCAGCGAUAUGAUUAAGGAUACAUGGACUGGAUUACUGGAUCACUAACUAACACUCACCGGACCAGUUCAGUCUUAGGUCUAUUCGAUUAAUUCAAUAGAAUAACUCAAAUGUGUAGGUCAUAGUUACACAUAUCAUUGAUGUCCAUGAAAUUUCACCCUCCUACAGUGAUGAUCUCGUAGAUGAAUAAGCAAUAUUGGAAUUAUAUGCAAACCCAUGAGAGGGAGAUAGCCUUGUAUGACUGUGUGUGGGGUAUGUAGAUGUAUUUGUGUGUGUGUGUGUGUGUGUGUGUGUGUGUGUGUGUGUGUGUGUGUG